AGUUGAUGAACUCAUCUCUUUAUUCCCGUCCAGUCUCAGCUCCCUGCGCCCAUGUUUUGAGCCCGCUGCAGUUGGAGACAGUUCACCAUGUCCACCGGGUCUCUCAGCGAUGUCGACGACGAGCUCCUGGACGGCAUCCUCAAGUUUGGCUCCUCCGGCAAAGACUCCAACGAGAGUACGGAAGAGAGCUCCAACUGUGAGGGCACAUGCGCCAACGACGCGCCGGGAAAGAAACGGAAGACUGCGUCCCGGAAAACGGCGCCCAAGGGUGUGGCACAGCAGGAGGGCAAGCAUGUGCAAAGGAACGCGGCCAACGCGCGCGAGAGAGCCAGGAUGCGCGUGCUGUCCAAAGCUUUCUCCCGGCUGAAGACCACCUUACCCUGGGUACCGGCCGACACCAAGCUCUCCAAACUGGACACUCUGCGCUUGGCAUCCAGCUACAUCGCGCACCUCCGGCAGAUACUGGCCAACGACAAAUAUGAAAACGGAUAUAUCCACCCCGUUAACCUGACGUGGCCUUUCAUGGUUGCAGGUAAGCCGGAGAACGAUUUGAAGGAGAUGCUCAGCUCUACGAGGUUAUGUGGAACAACAGCGUCAUGACCAAAGCAAGCGGACAAUCAUUUUCCAAGAAUGACAUAAAAAAGGACCGUGACAGACAUGCACGUCUCAUCUCCGCAGACUUUGAGUGGGAAUAACGGAGAGAGAGUCUCUCCUUCAUUCCUGUAAAUUUUAUUUAAAUGCAUUCUGUCGCCUGUUGUUGUCUUUGCUGGUUCAAAGAUAAAAUGCGUGCUUUAAAUUGCUUUUUUAAAAAAUACUCUGCAGACGCAUUUUUUUUUUUUUACUCAUGCAGGCCUGUUUUGGUUGCUGCAUUAUGAUGGAUGGAUGUGCACAUGAAAAGUGUCCACUGUCUCAAAUGGUUGUACAGAUUACAUGUAUAUAAAAUAUAUUUGUAUCACUUUUA